AUGGUAGUUGGACAAACAGUUGAAGAUACUCUACGCUAUAUAAUUUGUGUUCACUUCCCUCAGGACAACAUUGACGAUGAUAAGGAAGAACACAGAGAGAUAAGAAUAAAUCGUUCUAUGAUAACUCCAGACACAGAUGAUGAUCUCCCAUGUUAUUCAACAUCUCCCACAUCAGCUCUGCAAGUUCUCUCGGGCCUUAUGCCUUUAGACAUAAAAGCUGAGAUGGAGAGAAAAUUCUUUAGACUAAUUCAUUAUAAGGAAAACUUGGAAAUAAGCAAUCUUGUUAUAUGGUACAAUACCUUAGAAGAAAGAGUCCCGCACUUUCACACGCACCCUGCUCAUCAAGACAUAAUUCCCUGGCAUAAAAAUACUCCAACACAGAAAAAUAUCGAAAUCUUUACAGAUGGAUCUAAGAUGGGUAAACAUGUAGGUGCGGCUUUCGUUAUGUACAACAAUGGACACGAAGUUCAUUCAGAAAUUUAUAGAUUAAAUGAUAUGGCUUCCGUGUUCCAAGCAGAGGUUCUUGCUUUAAAAAAAGCACUCAUCUGGAUAGGUUCCACAAUAACUGACAACAUUCCUAUUCGUUCCCAUUCUCUAGAGCUUAAUUGGAUUAAAGCUCACAUUGGAACCGCAGGAGCAGAUUCCGAAGCAAAAAGAGCAACACAACAAGAUCAGAUAGAUGUUGAAGUGCCACUUUCAGAGGUUUCGGCCAAACAUCAAAUCCUGCAAGAAUCGCUUAAAACAUGGCAGCAAAGAUGGAAUGAGGACUCUACAGGACGUUCGACUUAUGCCUUUUUUCCACAAAUUUCUCUCUCUCGUAUACAAUCAGAUCACAUUUUAAAUCAAAUCUUGACAAAUCAUGUUUGUACUGACGGAUAUGAAAGUGUGACAGCUGCUGUUGUGCAUCCAAAUAAAGAAGUUAUGCAUUUUACUGCUAUUUACAACCCACCUAAACAUAAAUUUUCUGAUAACAUACUCAACAACUUACUUUCAGAAGAUCAACAAGUAAUCAUUCCUGUAGAUAUUAACGCCAAACAUAUGGACUGGGGAUGCCGCCGAACAAAUGCCAAUGAACUUCAUAUGUAA